AUGGGCGAGAAGGCCCUCAGCCACCGUGUCCUAUCAGUCACACCCUUGGCUGUUCCCACCUCCAAAGUGACUGGAGCCUCAGGUUGGCACAUGCAGGUCACCAGAGAAACGGGCAAGAUUAUUAGGAAAGCUCUAACAGAGGAAAAACAAGUGUCCACAAAGACAUCUGCAGCAGAUCUAGUGACAGAAACUGAUCAUUUUGUGGAAAAUUUAAUUAUUUCUGUCCUGAAAGAGAAGUUUCCCUCCCACAGGUUUAUUGCAGAAGAAUCCACUGCUGCUGGUUCAAAAUGUGUCCUCACCGACAGUCCGACCUGGAUUAUUGACCCUGUUGAUGGAACAUGCAACUUUGUGCACAGAUUUCCAACAGUGGCAGUGAGCAUUGGGUUUGCUGUUAACAAAGAGCUUGAAUUUGGUGUAAUUUACCACUGCACUGAAGAACGAUUAUACACUGGUAGAAGAGGUCAAGGGGCAUUUUGUAAUGACAAAAGGCUUCAGGUAUCAAAAGAGACAGAUAUAUCGAAGGCCUUAAUUUUAACAGAAAUUGGUCCAAAACGUGACCCUGCAACUUUGAAAUUGUUCCUUGGUAACAUUGAAAGAUUGCUCAAGGCCCAAGCACACGGGGUCCGUGUCAUUGGGAGCUCGACCCUGGCUCUGUGCCAUCUGGCAUCCGGCGCUGCAGAUGCCUAUUACCAGUUUGGGUUACACUGCUGGGACUUGGCAGCGGCGACUGUCAUUAUCAGAGAGGCGGGUGGCACUGUGAUAGACACUUCAGGGGGACCUCUGGAUCUUAUGUCCUGCCGAGUGAUUGCUGCGGGCACCAGAGAGCUGGCUAUGUUCAUAGCUCAGGAAAUACAAACUAUUCACUACAGACGGGAUGAUGAAAAUUAAAUACUUACAAUAUGGAGUCUGCCCUCCUGAACUACGUAACUUUUGCAAGAUGGGUGGCUUAAAGGGUACGUGAUUUCAGCAGGAUGCUUUCUGUGGAGAUCUUCUGUGUCAAAUAUUUUUUAUAAAUUUAUUACAAUGUGGGAAGGCAUAGGGAGAUUUUUAAACCUCUAAGAAUCAUGUUUCCUUUUUAAUAUGUAUCUCUUUUCAGCAGUAUCUUUUUUAUAAGAUAGCAUAUUUUACUUGUAGUAAAUUAGUCUCAAAAUUAAGUUGUAAUUUCAUAUCUGUGGGGCUGAUAUUUAGUCUUUUGUAACAUGCAGCUAAAAAAGGAACUUUAUUUUUACAGAUGCAGAUCUCAGGUAAAUGAGCUUUAGGACUGUAGUAAGGACGAGUAGUUAAGAUGUGUGCCUAUAAUACCCUUGUUCUAUGAAACUUAAGAAUGCAAUAAAAAGGACAUUAUUGUUUCCUAACUACGUCAUAGCUAUAUAUCCAUAUAUAUGUAUAUGUACAUACAUGUAUGUCUGUGUGUAUGUGUGUAUAUAUACACCUAUACAUGUAUAUGCAUGUAUACACACACAUACCCGUGUGUGUGUGUGUAUAUAUAUGGGUGUCCUGGAUGUUUACAGCAAUUUAGAGAAUGCAUAGAAGGAAGCUAAUAUUGGAAGUUAUUUUCAGGUGAAGAGUAUAGGUUACUUAUGUGAUUUCGGUGGGGGCUAUCCAAAUGGCAAGUAACAGAGCUGAUCAUGGAAAACGUUUAAUGGUUUUACAGACUGUCCAGCUAGGUCUUGUUUCCCUUCAUCCCUCUGCAUGGGGAUAAACCAUACUGUCCUACAGGCCUCUGUAAGAUAUUCAAACCUGCAAACACUUACUACCAUAGAGUAAUUAUAGUUAAAACCAGGAAUAUUGAACUCCGCUGAGUUAUUCACAGUAUUAACUAUGACACACAGUAGGAGGCCAGCGGAAUAGAGCACAGUGUCAAGGAGCUGUUGAUUUUAGAGAAACUUUGAGCAGAACAGCAGGAUUUGGCCCCUUACAGGCAAGUUAUUAAAAAAUAUGCGCAUAAGAUAUGCUUGCAAAAAGUUGUAAAUCACAUGCCCUUCUUGCACAAAGUUGUAAUCGCACUUUUUGAUCAGAGAAACCUGUAAAAUCAGUUACAUACAUUUCCUAAAUACACAGUUGUUCUCUAUCCUUGUAUCUAGCAUUGGUUUUAAUUCCACCAAGGUGAUCAUUUCUAUUUAGAUUAUUUUUUAAAUCAUGAGCACAGGGAAAAUACAAGUGUGUCCAGAAAAGUAGUUGAGAUGAAAUCACUUCUAUUUUUUUCUUUAAAAAUUGAAUUAAAAGGUAUCUCGUUUUUGCAAGAGUGUAAAUUAAAUAAAGGAAUGAGCCAAAAAAGUAAGUUGGUUAAAAAAUUUUAACUUUCUUGAUACACUGCAUGUGUAGACUUUGUAAACGUGUUCAGAUACCUGCUUAGAACAUAAAAAACAAACAGUAUUUCAGUAUUUUUUAAAAAUAACCUUACAUGUGUUUCUUGCAAUGAAAAAUGUUUUUCACUGAAUAUAACAUAAAGUUCUGUGUGAUUUCUUGAUGCUUUUUUUCACAAGAAAUAGAAGUAUUGACUGUGUGAAGAAUGUCUAAAUCCAACUAAGCGUUUAAGAACUGAUAGUUCUUACCAGAAAACCAACACUGUCUGUCACAGUGAUCAACGUUUUGUCACUGCUCCCUUUUACCGCCCCCCAUCUCUUUGCCCCCCCCCCGUUCAGAAAUGGAGAUUGUAAGCCUUCUGGGGCAGGGACUAUAGUACUUUGGCUCUGGGUUUGCACAGUGCUAAUAGGAUGCGAUUCUGGUCCACGACUAGGCACUGAGGUGCUGUAAUAAUACAAAUAAUAAAUACUA